ACAUCCACCUUAAUCGGCACCACAGUCCAGUUUGUCUUCUUCGCCUUUAAAAUUUCAAACCUUAUAGAAAUUCUUCAUCAAGCUCAAUUUCAAAAUGAAUUUUGCUUCUAUAGUCCUCGCCGUUCUGAUGGCCGCUAAUUUUGCUGCUGGUCAAACCUUAUGGACCUGCAACACCAAGGCCAAUCAAUGGACCGCCUGCUACUCGCCAAACUUUAUAACACCGACGAGCAGGGUCUAUGCCCGUUACGACAUUUACGAACCGGGAACGGCCGCCGGGGAAUCAAACUGCAAAUGUAUGAAUGUUUUUGCUGGUGAACUGACCUGGGUGGACUUGUACAAACAGGAAGCCGGUCAUUUCGUCGGGAAUCCAUAUUGGUAUGCGCAAGGAGUCUACUACAAGGCACAGAUUACGUGCUAUACCACCACUGCCAAAAGCAUUCAAUGGAGCUUUUAUUACUAAUUUGAUUGUCUGACGAAUAAUAAAUUGCUGUCCGAAAGCAUUGUGAAGAAAAA